AUGCCGAAGUGGGACAAAACCCGCGAUUAUUACGCGGACUUAGAACUGUCCGCGAGUGCUUCUACCGAAGAGGUCAAAAAGCAAUUCAAGAAACUGGCGCUCAAAUACCACCCAGAUCGCAACCCAGGAAGAGAAGCUGAAGUGAAUCCGAAGUUCCAAACUAUCCAGUCUGCCCACGAAAUACUAAGCGAUGAGACCUUGAGAAGGCAAUAUGACGAUGCUCGCAGGACGUAUUCCAUACGCAACCCUAGAGGAUCUGGUGUUCGGGGUAAUCCAUGGCAAGAUAUUGCCAAGCAGUAUCCGCCACCACCGACGAGACAUACGACGCAGAGGUCUCCUACUAGAGCUCAUUCGGGAGCCCAGCGUUAUACGAGCUUCACUACGAAUAUGCCUCGAGCGGCUAAAGCUACCCCUCGAGAUGACCCCCAAUCUCGCAAGAGUUAUGCUGAUGCCUGGGAAAAUAUGAGGCCAAACGCCUCCCGAAGAGCGCCUCCCCAAACUCCUGGUCGAGCCCCAACAUCAGCAGCACGUAAUACAAAACCGGCUGACCCGGAACCCGUCCCGCCUAGAACUGCAUAUCAACAACAGAAGGCCCAGGCAUCGUUUGGCAGUAGGCGGACAGGCUUUAUACCGCGCUCCCCUGGACAAGCAGACGAGCCUCCCGUCACGAACAAGAAUUACUUUACAACUCGUACACAUCCAACCAUGUUCACCGAAGUGCCAUUCGAUACGACACCAGCUGAUUCUCGCACGUCCACUACGGCAGACCCACUUGCUCAAUUUAGGGAGAAAGUAUGGGACGAGCGGCAGAGCAUGCCUUACCAUUCUCCUGGCGGGGAGAAGACAAGUUUAUUUGACGACGUGCCAGGAAUAGGACGAACUACGAGCACGCGAUCACCUCGAAAAGCAGAGAUGCCUGGAGCGUUCCCCCAAUCUCGUACUCGAAGUUCUAGCACGCCGCGAAGUUCUAGUAACGACGGGGGAUCUGAGGAUUCAAGAAAGGUUGGCAAGGGCACUAAGCCAUCAACUAAUCAACAGGUUCCUAGUGGUAAUAGUACCUUCCAGUCGCGAUUCAACGAUAGAUAUAAGCAAUCGGCCGAGGCUAACGGUGUCUAUCCACCGCCCCGACCAGGAACUGCCGAAACCCCACCGACAACCAAUGCUAGUAAAUCAGGUCCUAGCUCUACCCAGACUACCAACGGUCCUUCAGUGUAUGCACCACUAUUUCCCAGUCCUUCCAGCUCAUCCAAUCCCCAGCACCACUAUACCAGACAGACAAACGACCACAUAAGUGGUCAUUUGUUUGAUCCUAUUAAUGCGAGCCGUUAUUAUCCUGCCCCCCAGGUUCACAACCCUUCGAGUGGAGGGAUUAAACUUAAGCAGAAUCCCUACCUACUCCCUGUCGAGGAGAAGCAGAGAAUCGCUGUUGACAGUCUCAUCAAUAAUCGAUCGAAUUAUAGCCGAAAAUCUGGUACCUUUUCAUCCGAAGUCAAUGAUGAAGUUGAAGAUUACAUAUCUCCUACCAAGAGGACCAGACUCAAUACUGACCAAAAAUACUCUUCUAGCUUCACUUUCCCGACCGGAAGCGACAUACACAGCCAGGGUGCUGGACUCACCAGAAAUAGCGCCGACAGCAUUAAUACUAGGUUUGUUGAUGAUGAGCUGCCCGAGGAUUGGAAGUUCAGUGCCGGUACAGCCUCGGCAAGUGAUCCCCAAACACCAACUAGGGUACCAACCCAUUCGCGCAGCCGUGGAGGUCGACGACAAGUGCCCAGAUCCAGACAUACAGAGACGGAUAGCGUUCCAUCGACGCAAAAUGGUGGUGUAGCAAAUGGAGUAGGACUUGGGUUUUCACCUUGGGACUGGAGUGAUAAGAUAGAAACCCGACAUUUCGAGCCACAGCCACCACGUAGUACCUCUAGCUCUCCAUCUCGCCGCGCGAAUCUGAAGAAAUCCAAACCUGUUAAAAUGACGGCAGGAACGGCCGGACUAGUAGACGAGGAGGAGAGUGAGGGAUGGCAAGAAGUUCACCAAUCUUCUGGAUCUGCGCCGGCUAACGUGGAUACUGCAACCGCUAUGGAUAUUGACUCACCCCCGUCGGAGAAGUCCAACGACACGCCUAAGGUGUCCCAGAUGAAUGGUGCACGCAAAAUACCCGUUGAGCCUCACAGAGAAGAAUGGAGGGCAGGUAACGUCAACGAUAUGCGUGCCAAGUCUACAAGUCCGACGCGAGACGACAAUUCUGCAAAGGGAAAUUUCGCCCAAACCUCUGCUCCUGAGGCAGCUUCCAUUCCUGCAGCGCACCCCUUUGUCGCCCAGCAUGGUGGAUCAGAAGAUACCGAUGAGUUCUGUACUACAUUCUCAGACUUCAAGAAAGUAGAACCAUUUGUCGAUCCAGCUCCUAGGGGUCUUGGGGAUUUCGGGGAUCUGAAGACUACAUUGCCCUUUCAGAGUAAGCCUUCGGAGCACAUCCCCCUUGACAAGGACCAUCCGCCCAAGCCUACAACACUCGAGUUCCCAGCUCCGCCAGUUGCUCCACGGCUUCCCCAGGCUGUACUUACAGCGGGGAUCCGUCCGAAUCAAGUACAAUUCAGUAAAUAUGCACAAGACUUCUAUCAGUAUAUGGAUAAGUGGGAAAGCUUUAAUGCUAGAAUCAUGGCUCAUUUCACUACUCGCCAGGAAAAUUUCAAGAUCCGUCGUCAACAGCGAGGGGUAGCGUGGCUUGAUACAUCUUUGGGGGGUAGCGAUGCUGCACGCGACUACCUGGCAGAGCUUGAGCAAGAUCAGGUGGUUCGUCAACAGUGGCUCAGCGCCCAUGCAGAUCAUCAGGCCAAAAUCCGCGAAUUCAUGAUGUUCAGAGAUCAGGUAAAAUAG